UAAAUGUGAUUUCGGGAAAGUUUUUUACCACCGCUAACCUCACUUUUGGAAAUGUCUCUUUCUGUUAAAAAAAUUAUUAAUUUACCCGAAGCGGCGAUCAAAUUCCUUGAACCCGAUGAAACCGAGGAGGGACUACCAUACGAAUGCAAGACCAUUGGGGGUGUCUUGCGUGGUAAUGAUUAUGUGUGGUUAUCAAACGGGCCCCACUUAACGGCCAUAAAUACUAAAAUGGGUUGUCAGGUUGGGGCCUGGUCUUUCGGCUGGGUCCUUAAGGAUUCAAACACCAAAGUUGUGUGUGUUGAUGUUAUCCAGAGACCCAACGGAAGGCUCCCUUUUCUGGCAGUGGGAAUCGACUGCGACUUGAGCGGGGGCAUGAUCUGUAUUUUUGAUUUUGCCACUUCCAAAAUUAUUAGGGCGAUACACGUUACAGAUAAGAUUACUUGUCUUCACGUAAUUGAUCCUGGUCACGACGUUUUUACUUUACCAAGUCCGUUGCGAAAUUUCGAUGGUAUUAUUGCUGUGGGCACAGCAGGUGGUGAUGUAUUUUUAGUCGAUAUUUGUAGACAAAUUUGUGAUGAAGGGUUGACUUUAAGCGGAGUCGAUAAAAUCAGAGAUGAGUUAAAUCCUUGUCAGUUAAGCCACAUUACGUCCAAAGACAUUUGCAAAAUAGAAUUUCACAAAGAAUUUGCGAUCAGGAACAGCCAACAUCUCGCCAUACAUUUAAAUUUUGUGUUUGAGAACGUAACAAAGCAUUUCACUUUGAAGGGCCCAAAGGGCGACGAUCGCAUUCACGUUAGUAAAGACGAGGUUGCAGUUAGCGCCCUUUAUUACUGCCCUCAGCUUGGUUCGUUACUGGUGGGUUACAACUUUGGGGCCUUUCAGUUGUACAAUUUGAUGAAUUUGGAGUUGAUUUACACUUCACCCGUGUGUGACGAACACAUACCUAUCUCACACUUUGCUAUUCAGGAACCUGCUGACGACCCGAGGCCUGUGUGUUACAUUUGGGCCGUUUACAGCACUGAUGAGCAAUUUCCAUCGUGCUUACCUCUGGCCGUAAUGUACGCAUUUUCCUACCAUAGCAAAGAAUACCAUGAAGGUUACGGUUUCCUGUACCAAGAUUUUAGUUCAGCAGGCGUCCAUUUCCAAAUGGAACUGGGUGUUCCCGAGGGCCACAAACGAUCAAAACAACGUGGUGGUCGUUGUUUAAAAGUCAAUUCAAUAGCCCGAGGUCUUGUGAAUCGGGAAGGCCCCCAACAUGACUCAAACGAAGACAGCCUCACUUUGUGUGUGUUUGUGUGGGAUGUUUGGUACAGUAGCAAGGAAAGCGACACGUUUGUGGCCGUUUUCGAUUUGAAUCAGUGGUAUAAGGAACAAAUGCCCAGCGUCUUAAAUUCGCAAUAUUCGUCCACCUACAUGUUGCAUAUUUAUUUAAACGAGCUAAUUAACAACGCCACUCACAGAAAUGAACCAAUUGUUGACGUGCAUAUUGAUACAAAGUCGAUACAACAAUUUACACGGCCUCAGAAACUCGAAGAAUACUUCCACCCGAAUUCUCUCUCAUUUAGAUUGAGUUGCUUGCGGGAAACCGACGUAAUUUCACUCUACAAUUGUGGGGUCCAGAAAGCCCUAUUGGCUCAAAUUGAGUCGUCUGGACCGGCGUGUGUCAUAGAACCGGCUGAAAUUUACCAGGAGCUAGUCGGUUUAGGACUUGUCCCCUUAUUUAUUGAUUUACCGGUUAAUACGCCCGUUUCCACUAACCAACAACGUGAGGUAAUACUGAGUACGGCGCUGGAAAACCGCAUGGUGGGUUGGUUGUGUAAAUGUGCCUCAGAGUGGGCCAAUGGGAGUUUUCUCUCGACUGGGUGCUCGCUCGAUUUGUUGAUUAAUUGGGCGUUUCAAAGGGCCACUGUUCUCAAAACCAACGCGGACAAAUUUUGUGUGCCUCUGUUUGAUUUUUCCGGAACUCGACUUGACAAAAACACGAACAUCUUACUCAACACUUGCGUAAGGCAAUUGAAAAGUCUGUGCUCGAUUUAUGCGUUUAUUAUCGAUCAUUUUUCGGCGUUUAUUCCACAUUUGGAGGUAGUAGAGCAGCGUAAGUCACUUGAGGCCGUUUCAACAUACUUUGAGGUACUUCAGUGGUUUUUUAAUGUUGGUUUACUCCCCGAGUGUCCUAUAACGGCUUAUCCGCGGUCUGAUGAUUUUGAACGCAUUAGUGCCCCUUAUCCGGCCGAAAUGUUAACAGAGUUUUACAAUCAUAGGAGGGGAUUAUUGAAAAUUCUAAACGAAGAAAAUUUCGCAUCAUCGGACAGUGUUCUCUUUAUUGAUAAUUUAAUAGAGCGCGAAUGUGGCGGAAAGUCAUUAGAAGAGCAGUGGCGUAACGAUGGGGGCAAUGGGUUAUACCCACCCCCUUCACUACAAGCGCUUUUACGAACUUAUCUGAUCGAUAACGUCGAUCUUUCCUACAAACAUUCAGUCAUAAUUUACGUUUUUCUCGAUUUAGCCAUGACUCUAGAUCAGGACAGGUACAAGCAUGUGAUCACUUAUUUAAUUAAAUUUCCUGCAGUUUUCAAAGUGACCCCAAGUCGGAUUAAGAUUAUUCAAGCUUUGUGGCAAUUGGAUCACAGCGAUUUUAAUACUGCGAUGGGUCUCUUACUAGAUCCACUCGUUUCAUCACAAGACUUGGACGACUGGCACCAUAAAAUUGUUUUGAGGGCUUUAAUGCUCCAAAAGCAGCACAAUUUUGCGUUAUUGUAUAUGCAAAUCAGAAAACCCGUUCCAACAGACGAGGAGGAUAUUUUAACAGCGAUUAGUUUGUACGUGGCUAAUAAUAUGCUAGACGAGGCUUUUUACUUCGAAAAACAAUACACAAAUCAACUGGGAGGCAAAAAACUUCUGUUACACCUUUUAAACGAGUGCAAAAAGAACAACAAACUGCGACCAUUAAUUUAUCGUUCCUUCAAUUCCUGUGAUGAAGACGUUUUCCUCAAAUACUUGCGUAAUCUUAAGGACCCAACAGCUGAUGAUCUUCACGUGUACUAUCACAUUUUGCGAUCACGCUUUCUUGAAGCUUUUGAGAGUCACAAUCGCACUGUUCCUAAGCAAAUCGAAACGCAAGGAUUAUUCGGACAAGAGAACGCAACUGCGCGUGAUAAACUCGUCUACAGUUUCAAAAAAAUGUUGCCUGAUGUUACGCGCAAUUUACUUGAUUUUUGUCACAGAGAGAAAAACAAAACGUGGCAGCAGGUGUCAAGACCGACACCGAUGUCCGUUUUUGUCCUAAAUUUAAACGAAAAUGUUAAAUAUAAAUCAACUUUGAUUGGUGCAGCUUUAGAGAAAGCUAGACAAACGUUUAAUGAAUCCUUGAGCGAUAAAAUAGGGUUUAGGACUGAGGAAACUCCGUUUUUGCGAACACCCACGGCUGAGGUGUCGUCCAGGAGGUCGUCAGUUGUUGUAGUUAAUCCGAAAAUUGAAAGUGUUCAGAAAUCGAGUGAUAUUUGUACGCCACCGUCAUCCAAGCGCUUGAAAUUGUCCCCAAGAGUUAGUGCUUCACUUCCGAGUUCAAUUCCAACGAAACUUGAAACACCGUUAGUUAAACGUAAAACACCGAGAGUUCGUGAGGAGGCAGUGGAGCGGUUUAACGCCACCACCCCUCACAGUAUUUUGAAGGUUAAAACUCCGUCUAAACAAUUUGAAGACAGUUUCAAGGAGUUUGAAAAACUGGAAUACACUCCUGUUAGUUCAGUUACAAAGAAGAAAGGGUUAGGACUUUCUCCGCGUAAAUCAAUCAGCAAACACACACCGGUUGUUAGAUUUGAGGGUUUCUUGAGUUCAGAUUCCAGCACUUUGAAUAAUAGUUCCGUGACUGAAAAAGAAUCUACGUCCCCAGCUGUUAAUGCGUCUCUAGAUACUAAAAACUCUUCCUCUAAAAAUACGUCAACAGAAGAUGAAGUUUUCUACUCACCUGAAGCUUCACUUGAAGAAAAACAAAGUGUUGAACUCGAAAAUAAAGACGAAACUGUUGAAAUUACAAAACUUGAUUUAGAAGAAACGCCGGAAGAGAAACAAGCGAGUCCGGUUUACUCACCUAGAAGUCGGAGGAGUUAUAAAGGUUCUAUAUCACCGGUUAGAUCCAGUCCUAGAUUACAACGCAGUAUUGUUAAAGAAACGGUUGAAGAACCGCUCAAUUCGAAGGAAGAAGAUGCAGAAAAGGAUGAAUCAACUUCUUCACUCGAGCAAAUAAUAGCAUCACCAUUGCAAAAACUGCGACCUCGUAGGUCCUUAUGUCGGAAAGUCCUCGAAACUAACGCACUUAAUCGAGUUUUAAAUUCGCCACUUGAUUCACCCAAAAGCCGAAAAUCGAAAGUGGCAACAACAAGUGAAGAAACUACUGAAAAAGUUGUUAUUGAAUCAACAAUGAAGUUUGAAGAUGGUGAAGAAAUGCACAAAACGAGCUUCACUACGAAACAUAACGUUACAAAAAGUUUGAUUGAGUCUGACUUGGACUCUUCAGAUUUUAGUUUUCAGUACGCGAAUACCAAAGAGUGUUUAUCGGAUUCAAUGUUGAAUUAUAUCAACAAUGCGAAUAGAUCGCAUCUUGAAGAUGGUGAAAAAAUUACUGACAGUGGAAACAAUCAUGUUGAAGAAGAGAGCGUCAAAGAAGUUGAAGAAAAAUCUAACGGAAAUGAAGAAAUUCCAGAGAGUGUCAGUGUGACUAAUAGCAAAAGCUUUGCGCAUUCAGUGCUAGACAGCACCACGGAAGAAGUUUCAGUGUCAAACGGUCCGCAUUGCAUCAACAGUAGUGAAGAAAAUGCCGAAUCGGAGGUGAUGGAAGUUGACGAUGAAGUUGAGAUAAUCGAAGAAAAGCCAGACGCUGAAAAAAGCGAUGAACCCGUUUACACAACUUUGAAAAAUACCACAUUUGAGGAACCGAAAGAAACUGACAGGGAAUUAAUUUACGACGAAGGCAAAGAAGAAAAAGCUCAAUCGUUUGAGAGAGAAACCGUAGAUCCCGGAAUGAACGUCUUCGAAAUUUCGGAGGAUCUCAGCUUAAAUGAUGGUUUUUUGGUGGAGCAAGAAGUGACUCUUGAAGAAAACGAUCUGUGUUAUGGGCAACAAAACACAUUGGAGAAUGUUUUGGAGGAGAAUAUGACGACUGAAACUUGCGUGACUUCGACUUCUUUGAACGCAUUGGAAAAGAACAUUUUGAACGAAAGUUUGGAGGAGGAAGAAUCCAAUGAAGAAAACAAGUCUCGUACACCCGAACAGAAUAAAAGUAACGAUGUUAUCGAAAUUGGAAGUUCAAGUGAAGAGGAAAAAAGUAAGGAUGGUUCCAGUGCUUCGUCAAGUCCAGCGAGUAAUGAAAGUAGUGAAGAAAAACUAGAAGUCUCGUACGAGAGAAAUAUUUAUGAUGCAGAGUAUGAUUCUUCCAAUAGUUACGAACAACAUAACAGCGAAAUUAGCGAAAAUAGUGAUGAUUACAAGUAUGAAAAUACCAGGCAAGGCUUUGGUUUGUUCAAAAGUGCAUUUAUUGAAGAAGAAGUGGAUGAAACCGAUGACAGUGAGAGUGACAAGGAUAAUGAAGAGCGAAUUUAUGAAAAUGUAGAACGGGAAGAAGAAAUUCAAACUGAGAAGGAAGCGAAUCAGAGGAACAAAGAAGAAAGUACAAAAGAGAAGCUUGAUACGGAAGAAACUGAGAAACAGAGAGACAAAGAAGAAAGUAAGGAAGAUAAUCUUGAAAAAGCUGCUGAUGAAGAAAAAGAAAUUGAACCGAGAGAAGAAUGCCCAAGUGAUAAGCGUACGGAAAAUGAUGAAACUGAGAAACAGGAGAGUCACACAGAAACGGUAGGAGAAAACUUGAUUGAAGACAAAAUUCCCAAUGAAGAAGAAUGUGGGAACAUGUCCGCCGAAAUGGAAGAACUGCAUUAUUCAACUCAUACAGAAAGCGAAGAUCAGCAAGAGAUUCAAGAUCUGAAAGAAUCCACAAGAGAAGAAAAUGUUCUAAACAAAACUGUACCACAAGACCCAUUGGAUCUUGAAUUCUUGCCCACAGAAACUGAGAUUUGCAUCCUUGAUAAAACAAACUUCGGACUGGUUUCAUCAGACAAAGAAUCGAAUAUCAAGUUAGAAAGAACCGAUCAGUUAUCUGACACUCAACCCAUUAAAAAACCACACAAGACACAAACCUCACCUGACAUUUGCAUCCUUGAUAAAACACACCUAGAACCAGAUAAAGAAGAAAUUUCAACUCCUAAAAAGGCCCGUUCUCGAAAAAAUAAACUACAAACGACUGACCAGUUGUCUGAAACUCUUGAUAGCACAACACAAUCCGUUAGAAAGCUACGUUCUCGCACAAUAAGUACCGAAGAAUCUUCAAAACCUGUGGUUACGUUGCGAAAACGUAGCGCAAGUGUUGACGAAGUGAAAUCUUCGGAAAAAGUCAGUGAAACAGGUGUGAGAAAAGGGAGAAGUCGGCGAGCGGCGUCUACGACGCCUUUGCCGAAGAUUGAAGAAGAAGGCGGCAAAAAGAGUUUGCUUGAGGAUUACUCGAUGACGAGACGAGUAACUCGCCGCCAGAUGGCUGUCUUGAAGGAGAUUUGUGAUGAAGGCGAAAAAAGCGGUAUGAAGAGCAUCGACCCGAUUGUUUUACCUGAGGGUAAACCUGAGUCUGAGGAGCAAAAUUACGAAACGUCACCGACGAGUUCUCGACGUUCGAGACGGCGAAGGUCGACUUCGCAAGCUUCGGAUACGUCCCAAAUAUCAAGGAGUAAAACUCCGCCAGAUGGGAAUUUGGGUGAGGGAAGGGUGACCAGAAGUCGGGCCAAGUCAGUGUCGUCUGAAGAUUCAAUUUUAGAUUCAUCUCAGCCAGGUAAGGUUAGUAAACGUAAAAUAUCUGCAAAAACCAGCUUAGCGGAAAUAAAGGAAGAACCAGGCAAAGGAGAAAAAUCAGUAGUUCCCAAAAAGCGAACACGGAAAAACAGUUCGCAAAUAUAAUUUUGUAUAUUUAUUAUUUUUAUUGCAAGUUAUUAUUGUUUAAUCCAAUAAAAUGUUAUUUCCUUUUUUUGUAAA